AUGUCGUAUUCUGUACUCUCUGAGGUGGGAAUCCAUGGCAGCCGCCGAACCGAACUGACUCUGGGCGACAAGACCAAACUUCGACAAGUUUCCUUCGCCCAAAGCCGUCGUCAUCCUGCCAAGAAACGAAUGGCAAACUGCGAGCGCACGCGCUUUCGCGCCAACUUUUCCAUUGGCCUUUUCCCUCCCUCCGCUCAACAGAUUUCCCAAGCAUCCCGCCUUGCAGCUACACGCCCACAACCGCGCUUCCCCGACUCAUCGCGCCGAGAGACACCACCAAGAUUCACCAACAUGCCCAGCACGAGGGUUCGUAAGGUCUACAGGACCGACGAUGUCGUGAACCUCAAGGACGAAGAAAAGGAGCAACUGCUCGAGAGCUACCUCCCAGACGGCCCACCACCAGACGCACGACGACAAUGGCGCGACGAUGAUAUUCCUCCCAAAGGCAGGUUCGGUCUGAGACGCGCCCUUCGCUCGAAGCUACACCUUGCGAUUUACACAGUUCUCCACGCCAUUUUCUCUUUGUAUAUUCGGAUACGACAAGCAUGGCAUCUCGUGUGCUACCACAUAUCCUCCAUCAUGUUCUACCACCACCGAACCCCGGAAUAUAUCGAGCGGGAUGUUGUUGGUCUGAAGAAGAAGCCGAAACAUCUCAGCGUCAUUUUAAAGCGCGAACCAAGUGGGAGACACGGGGCUGAGUUGGAGAGAUUGGUCGCCGAAGCGGCCGAGAUUGCCGUAUGGUGCGUCUGCGCCAAGAUUCCCGUCUUGACGGUGUACGAGCGGACAGGUAAGCUGCUGAUUCUACAUGUAUAUCUCAUCACCCUGCUGACUUUUCCUCCCCCAGGUCUUCUUAAGCACUACCUUCCUCACCUGCAACAAUCCAUUAUCCAGAAGUCGCGAUCCUACUUCGGUAGACACCAGCCAGCUUUGACCGUGGCUAUGCCGCACGCCGACGACGUCCUCGAGUCCCCAGCCCAUGGAGAUUUCGCGCGCAACGACCCACGUCACCUCAAGGUUCUCUUCAUCUCAGCCGAGGAUGGGCGGGCGUCCAUGGUUGAUCUCACUCGCACCUUGACCGAGAUGUCACAAAAGGGCAAGCUCCACCCCCGCGACAUCAGCACAGAUCUGAUCGAUGCGGAGCUGUCGGAGGGAAUCAUGCCGGAACCCGAUCUGCUCAUUUCUUUCGGUCCUUACGUCGACCUCGAUGGCUACCCGCCUUGGCCCAUUCGCCUCACAGAGAUCUUCUGCUUGCCGGAUAACCAGGGUGUUGGAUAUCAAGUCUUUUUAAGAGCGCUGCUCAACUUUUCCAGCGCACAGUUCCGCAAAGGCAAAUAG